AGUUCCCUUUUAAAAAUGGACAGAAACGUUUUGAAUUUAUCAUUUGAGGUAGCUAACACGUCUGCGAAAAGAAUGCAAGUAUUAAACUUCUUAAAACAACAUUUUUUUCUUGACGAACCCAUCGUUGAAGCAUCAAAACUCUACGAGGACGAACAAGGUUUAAAAGAACUCGAAAAUUACACCAAGGCUUUAAUUGACGAUGAUUUAUCUUUAAUCGUUUCGGAUUUGACAAGUAAAGAAAUCGCGGGCGUUGCUGUGAUUAGUGUAAAAUAUAAAAAUCAAAGUAAAUCAGUGCAAAAAAUUAAAUCAAAAAAAUUUGAGAGAGUAGCAAAAUUUUUGGAGCACUUAGAAAAUGAGGCUAAAACUUUCCAAAGAAUUGAUAACUUAGAAAAGGCGAUCUCUUUAGAUAUGUUAUCAGUUAAUCCGAAUUAUAGAGGAAAAGGACUGGCUAAAAUUAUGAUUGAGAAAGUCAUCAAUUUUGCGAAAGAAAAAGGGUUUAAAUUGAUUCGAAUCGAUUGUACAAGUUUAUUUAGUACAAAAGCAGCGUUAAAUCUAGGUUUUGAAAGUGUUUACAGAAUAAAGUAUGCUGAAUAUAAAGACGAUGGAGAAAUUGUCUUUAAAAUCAACGAAAACCAUCCUCAUCAAGAAGCUAACGCUAUGCUACAAAUAAUUAAUAUAUGAGUUAAUCAAUAAAAUUUAAUAUGUUAUAUUCAAA